AUGCACCUUCGGGGGACGCACCGUUCGGGAACAAGCUGCCAUUCAAAGAAGGAGUCUAUGAUUCCUGUGAUCAUGAGAAAUGACCCUUCGCUUGCUGCACGGCCACAGCUGAGAAGAGAGAUGGAGAAUUGGUGGGCGGGAUCUUUGUGGGACCCUCGAAGCCCACAGUCAGGCGACUUCUUCGGCACCGACUUUACCUGCAGCUCAAGUAUGCCAGAUGUGCUGGCAGCUUUGCGCUCCUCGGAUGGCUACAGCGAGCGCUUGGCAUUGGCAGUGACGCAGGAUGACCUCCGAGAGGCCCAGCGCUUGCUGGGCUCUGCUGAUGUGACACCUGCGCUGCAUUUGGCUUUGAAGAUUGGCGCGUCGCCUGAGACUGUGGAUUUGCUGGCGACCUGCUGCGAGCACCUCAAUGUUUGGCUGCCAGAGCCAGUAGUGGUCACUUGGGCUCCUUGGAUUGGAAGAGUUCGGACUGGAGCCUUGCCGCGGAUUCUACAGUUUGUCUGGGCCUUUUUUUCAGGCUCACAGUUUCGGCAGGGGACCGAGAACUAG